AUGGCAGCUUGGGCGCCCGCCAGGGCUAGGCGGCUGGGCGGCCCGCCGCCGCGUUGGUGGCGGCCCCGAGACCGAGGGCGAACGGGCGCGUCCCGGGGCGGGCGGGAAAGCCGCCGGGGUGCGCAGCGCGGCACCAAGCUACGCGGCGGGCGGCGGCGGGGCGGAGGCGCGGGGCGGGGCGAGGAGCUGCUGGAAGGUCGUGCUGGCGGCGAGGCGGUUCCUUGCUGCGCGCGCGAGAAGGCCGCUGCCUGGCGCCCUAACCUGCCAGCGGGCAGGCACCCGGGGCUUCGCCCGCUGGGCCGCGGCCACUGCGCGCCAACCUGGCGGCGGCAGUGGUGGGACUCGGCCAUACCCCCGCGGCAGGUGUUCGCCGUGGAUGCUCCGCUCCACGGCCGCUCCGGAGCCCCGCGGGACGAUAGCGGGGGCCUGCAGGCUGCUGCAGCCGAACGCUGCCGGGACGCCCUGCAGGGCUGUGGGCACAGCCCGGCCCUGGACCAAGUGCUGGGCACCGCGGGGGUGCUGCGGGAGAGCCUUCUGCCCGGUGUUCUGGAGCAGUAUGUCAGCUGCUUAGAGCUGGUGAACAAAAGACUGCCCUGUGGCCUGGCUCAGAUUGGAGUGUGCUUUCAUUCUCUUCCAGAAAGUGAACAACCCGAGGAAAACCUUACAAGAAUAGGAGAGAGGACCACGUCCUUGCUUGCAUGGUUUAGUUCUCCCAGAACUUCAGGACAGUGGCUCGAUUACUGGCUACGCCAGAGGCUCCAGUGGUGGAGAAAGUUUGCAGUAGGCCCAUCUAACUUCAGCAGCAGUGACUUUCAUGAUGAAGAAGGCAGAAGAGGAUUUAAGUUACAUUACAAGUUUCCUUGGGGGACAGAAACAAUAGAAACACUGAAGAACCUUGGUGAUACUGAACUGUUACAGAUGUAUCCAGGGGAAAGUUCAAAAUUACUUGGCCGAGAUGGAAGGAAGAAUGUUAUUCCUCAUGUUCUGUCUAUGAAUGGAAACCUGGACCGAGGAGUCUUGGCCUAUCUCUUUGAUUCCCUGCAGCUGGCUGAGAAUCCAUUAGCAACAAAGAAAAAUUCACAGAGAAAGGUACUUAAGCUACAUCCUUGUUUAGCACCUCUUAAAGUGGCCUUGGAUGUAGGAAAAGGUCCAACAACAGAGCUGAGACAGGUUUGUCAAGGACUGUUCAAUGAACUGACAGAAAACAGAAUUUCUGUGUGGCCAGGUUAUCUUGAAACUGUGCCAGUGUCUCUGGAACAGCUUUAUACAAAGUACGAUGAGAUGAGCAUUCUCUUCACGAUCUUGAUAACUGAUGCCACUCUGGAGAACGGGGUGGUCCAGCUGAGGAGCAGAGACACCACCAUGAAGGAAAUGAUGCACAUUUCUAGGCUGAAGGACUUUCUAACUAAAUAUGUGACGUCAGCCAAAAAUGUGUAAGCUGGAAUUCACUGAAUAAAGGGAUUUUCUUAAACCUC